UAUCCUUUCGUGCCGCGCAUACCUACGGCGGGUAUUCUUCGAGUAAUUUAACUACAAGUCACACCGUGUGUUCUAUGACUCAACAGAUGAUUAGAGAUGUUAAACCUGUCACCAUCGAGUUAUCGGAACGUUGAUGAAGAGCAACGAAUUCUGAGCAGGAAGGAGGUGUAUCCUAGAAGACUUUGGUACGCUCCUAAAGUUAAGACGAUCGAUGAUAUAAAGGACGACAGUUACAGUGGUUACGAGACCGACGACACGGUUCCUAAUGUCGACUUUUACGAUAGAGAAUAUGAAGAGCCUAUAAACUCUCAGAACGUCGACAUCCUCAGUCAGUUGGAGACUGAGGCGCCUCAGCCUAAAUACGAACAAGCGCCUACCGCCACCUCCGUAGCCGAGUUUUCUAUUGCUAAUGCUAUAAAUUUGAGAGAGGCUGUAUUGGUGGCCCUUGGUGGAGCGAGCGCUGCGUUAGUUCUCUUGAUAGUCAUGGCGGGUGUGUUCGUGGCCCGUCGCCGAAAAAACAGCCCUUCCCCUGUGCCAUCGCCCCCCAUUCUAGUCUACCCGCCCCAUGACGUAACGACCCCAUGUUACACGACGAAGGAGGUAAACUUUUCUUUGCCAUCUCUACGGUCGACAUCCCUGGGGGAGCUGCGUGACGUCAGCGGCAGCCUGCCCGGCGACGUGCUCUGCCCGCCCAUGCCUACGCAGUUCCGAUCGAAUUCUUUCACGAAUACAACAGAACUAGGAGUGUUGGACCCUUCGCUCUACAAGUCGGACUGUCUGGAUGUAGACCAUAUGUGGCCGGAGGGACAUGUGGGUCGAGUAUGGUUUACCGUGAAAUAUGAAUCGGCUACCGAAAGGUUUCAAGUGCACAUAAUUAAGGCGAAACAUUUGCCAUCGCGCACCCCAGCAUUGGCCAACGCAUGCGACCCUUACAUAAAGAUACAACUGAUGCCAGACGAAAGACGUGUGCUUCAGACUAAACAGAAGAAAAAAUCAUGCAAUCCAUUCUUCGACGAAACUUUUAUUUAUCAUAUACCACCGGGAAAACUUGAUACACUUACCUUAAAGUUAUCUGUGCUGGACGCGGGCCGCAUCGGGAGAUUCAAGCAGCUCAUUGGCCACAUAAUUUUGCCGCUCAGCGAGCUUGAGGGUGUUGCAUCUGACGAAGAACCUCAAUUAUACAAACUGGAUAUCGAAAAGGAACUGCAAGAACCGACUUCAGACUUGGGAGAGAUGUUAGUGUCGUUGGUUUACAAUGAAAACUUAAACCGGCUUUCUGUUACUGUAAUCGAAGCACGCGGAUUGAAGCUGGAUCCAUCAUCAUCAAGACGUGAGGUAGUGGCACGAGUGACGCAGGAGCGGGCUUGUCGUGGUGUGCGCGCACGCCGCACAGCUGCCGUUGAGGUGUCGGAAGAUGGCGCUGCACUCAUCACCGAAUGCUUCCACUUCAGACUGAGCGCGGAUGAGCUGCACACCACCUGCGUUACCGUGCAAGCUUUGCAGCCACAUUCGGUGUACGCUAAAGAUCGAUUACUAGGGAAAUUUGUAUUAGGCUCGUAUAUGUUCGCAAGAGGGCGUGCUCUACAGCAUUGGAAUUCUGCACUCGCCAGUCCCAUGGAACAAGUGAAGUAUUGGCAUCCAUUGACAAACUAAACCCAACGACUUAGGCCAAAUUUAUGUCAGAUAAU